UUAGCCCAACUCGAAUCCAGAAAAUCCUCGAACCCUUUCCAGUUUGCGACUAAUAUAAGAACUGAAGUCAGGAGGAUCCGUGCGCACUGCAAUUGGGAAUGGCGGGAGCACCGGUAGGAGAGAUGGAGGAGAUGGAGGAGUUCUACGUGAGGUACUACGUGGGGCACAAGGGGAAAUUCGGGCACGAGUUCCUGGAGUUUGAGUUCCGCUCCAACGGCAUGCUACGCUACGCCAACAACUCCAACUACAAGAACGACACCAUGAUCCGGAAGCAGGUCUACGUCACUCCGGCUGUCCUCAAGCAGUGCCGCCGCAUCAUCCUCGAGAGCGAGAUCCUGAAGGAAGACGAUAACCAAUGGCCAGAACCUGACCGUAUUGGGAGGCAGGAACUUGAGAUUGUGAUGGGGAACGAGCAUAUUUCUUUUACCACUUCGAAGAUUGGAUCCCUCGUUGAUGUCCAGAGCAGUAAUGACCCCGAAGGUCUUCGCAUAUUCUAUUACCUUGUUCAGGAUCUGAAGUGCUUUGUAUUCUCUCUCAUUUCACUCCAUUUCAAGAUUAAGCCAAUAUAAGGAUGGAUCAAGGGUUCCUGUUUUUUUCUGUGCGAUGUCCAUUCCAAGUAUUGUGUUUGCAUUGUAACAGUUACAAUUUUUUCUUUUGCGUGCGAUCUUUCCCAUUUGAUAGUUAAAGUACUUUUUUUUAUAUAAGUAAAGUACUUUUUUAUUGUUA